ACGAGGAAGUAGAACGAGACCCGUUUUAACGGUUAACGGUUUACUGUCAAUAGGCAUUACAAAGUAAGCUUGGCUAUGGACACGAACUUAAACGCAAAGAUAGUUAUAGUAGGAUGCGGUAUAUCAGGAAUAGCAGCGGCACAGAGGCUCGUCAAAGCCGGGUUUCAUCAUGUGAGAAUACUUGAGGCGACUUCCAGGAGCGGAGGACGGGUCAAAACAGGCAGACUCGGUAAUAAUCUUGUUGAGAUUGGGGCAAACUGGAUCCAUGGACCUUCUGAGGAGAACCCGGUGUUCUGCCUGGCUCGUCAGUAUGGGCUUCUAGAGCCAGAGGCCCUCACCCCAGAAAGCCAGGCCAUGGACAUUGGAGGACAUCCUCCCUGGAUUCCCAGUGUCUUCAGCAGUUCAGGUCGGAAGCUGAGCACUGAGGACAUAAGUCCGGCUUUGGGAAUGGUUGUAGAGCUGCUGAGUGAAAGUUCAGAAUUUCAGAAUCAAAAUGGAGAACCGUGUGCAAGUGUGGGUGAUUUCAUGCGUACAGAGGUGAAAAAACGAGCAGCAGACAAAUGGAAAGAUAUGGAUGCUGCCACCAGAUCUCUGCAACUGUGUGUGAUUAGUAACAUGUUAAAGUUGGAGUGCUGUGUUAAUGGCGCCCACAGCAUGGAUGAGGUGGGCCUGGGGGCUUUUGGUCAAUACAAGACUCUGCCUGGACUGGACUGCACAUUUCCAGGUGGCUAUGAAGGUCUGAUCAAAAAGUUGAUGUUAGAGCUCCCUGACGGUUUAGUGACCUACAAUCAGCCUGUUCGAUGUGUACACUGGCACAACGCAAAGAAGGGAGACACUUCUGUGUUGGUUGAGUGUGAUGAUGGGGAAAGGAUCAUUGCUGAUCACAUUAUCGUCACAUUUCCUUUGGGAUACCUAAAGAAGCACCAUUCAACCCUGUUCCAUCCUCCUCUCCCUCUGCACAAGCUGCACUCCAUCCAGAGGCUGGGUUUUGGAACAAACAAUAAGAUAUUUGUAGAAUUUAAUGCACCUUGGUGGGAUGCUGACUGUGAGGUCAUUCAUCUGGUGUGGGAGGAUGAGGAUGAAAUGGUGGAUCAGGUGCCAGACAUACAGAGAUCCUGGAUAAAGAAGUUAUUUGGCUUUACUGUUCUUAAACCCACUGAAAGGUAUGGUCAUGUUCUGUGUGGCUGGAUAGCAGGGCAUGAGUCAGAGUAUAUGGAAACACUGUCUGAACAGGAGGUCACACAAGCCAUCACACAACUUAUUUGCAGGUUUACAGGGAACCCUACCAUCUCCCCUCGGAGAGUCCUGCGCUCCCAGUGGUUUCAUGACCCCUGGACAUGCGGGUCCUACACCCACCUAGGAAGAGGCUGCUCAGAGCAGGACCUGGACAACAUGAUGGAACCACUGCCACCAAAGGGAUCACAAUCACAACCACUGCAGGUGUUAUUUGCUGGAGAGGCAACUCAUCCCUGCUACUUCUCGACAGUCCAUGGAGCGCUUCUCACUGGUUGGAGAGAAGCUGACAGACUAAUUUCUCACUACUCUUCUGUCCAUCCAUCCAAGCUUUCCAAGUCAAAGCUUUAAGAUACCAACACCACUGUGUCAAUAAAAGGUUUAUUUACUGUAAUUACUGUUUAAUUUAUAGUAUUCUUUGUAAAAAAAACAAACAAAUUAUAAACAACUUGUUCGGAAACUACUGUUUAGUCAAAUAAUUAC